GGGUCAGUCGCUCCAACUCUAGGCUCUAACUCAGCAGCAAUGGCGCAUGUUUUAAGGCCUCUGGCGCGGUUGCCCAGAUUACAUCACCAAUGCCACUGCUCCGCCGGAGCAUUCUAUUAUUUCCUUACCUCCUGCUCCCUCCCUUCCGCAGAAACCACCGCCAAAUUCCCCCACCAACUCUUACUCAUCAAUUCCUCCCCCCUGGUCUCUGCUCGCAACCUCCACUUCCGUACACGCGCUCUCAAAUUGCGUCAACUUCCCUUGCCGUCCGAUACCACUGAGAGCGACAGCGACUCUUCCGACGACGGUUCGGCCAAGAAGAGCCGCAAUGAGAAGAAGCGCGAGGCUAAGCGCGCCGUCCGCUGGGGGAUGGAGCUCGCUAACUUCUCACCACCUCAAAUCAAGCGCAUUCUCAGAGUGGCCUCUCUUGAGCGUGAAGUCUACGAUGCUCUCAUGCUAGUUAAGAGGCUUGGUCGCGAUGUUCGAGAAGGAAAGCGAAGACAGUUCAAUUAUAUAGGAAGACUGCUCCGAGAGGUAGAGCCUGAAUUGAUGGACGGGUUAAUCCAGGCCACAAAGGACGGCGACAAUGGCAAGUUUCAAACUUUAUGUGGUCCAGAAGCACAGGCAAUUGAAGAUAGUGAUGACACAGCAGAAGAAACUGAAGAUGAGUGUGAAGAUGAUCCAGAGUAUUGCAUUGAGAUAACAACCAGAUGGUUUGAGGGAUUGAUCAAAAAAGAUAUUGAUGUUAUGAAUGAAAUCUACUCACUUGACAGCGUUGAUUUUGACCGUCAGUUCUCUGUUGGUUUGUCGGGAUAGAUCUGAGGAAGAGGAAAGGAAUUGGGUUUCUUGAUUAAGAGGAAGACAAUUCCUCCAAGUAGUUGGCGAAGAUUGUCCAAGAAUAGUUUUUAAUAUAUUAUUAUCUUUUGUACCAACCCAAAAAAGGAAAAAAAAAAAAAAAAAAACUAAAGCUUGUCCAAGGAUUCCAUGCACGAAAACUUAGUUGCAGUUCAGUGGCUCUUUGAUAUUUAUUUGCCGCUUGAUUCCGUGUCCAGUAUUCACUUUCCUUUGUGUGCUCAUUUAACAAAUGAUAUUUAGUUGCUUUAUAUGAAGAUAUUGGUACAGAUGGAACUAUGCUUUGUCAUUUCCUAUUAUUUCAGAAGAUUGAUAAUAUAAUUUUGGAAUGUUUGAGGUUCCCCGGUGUUUGUGAUAUUGCAUCUCAGUGUAGAGAAGUAGUUUGUGUAUGUUUCUGCUGUGGGAAACUGAAAAUAAGAAGCUUGGCACUCGUUGAAUACAUUUGUGCUAGUAGAUAUUCAGUGAAGCUACAGACAAAUUGAUAUAAGCGCAGCAUCACCUUUUCAGAAUGAUCAGAGUUGUUUAAAUUUUUGAUGUAAUGGUGCUUGGACUAUUACCUUUGUCCAUUUGUCUCGGUUUUCAUCUACGCUUCUCAA